AUGCUGCGGAUGGGAACAAAGUGGUUCCUUUCUUCUCUUUCUCUAAUACGCCCUGAAUUGCAUAUGGCCGAAGACGACGCCUACUACGAAGAAUGGGACGACAAUGCACUGUUCGAGGUGCCUCUCGAAGACCAAGACAUGGCAUGGGACAUUGACAAUGACGACGACAACGACGACUUGCCCAUUGAUCAUUUAUUGAAUGCGACUACGGAAUCUGGCGAUCAGCAAGCUACAAGUAGCGACGCCAAUGACGGCCAAUCGAGUCAAACCUUGCGUUCUCGUUUAGCUGGUCCCUCGACAAACAAGGCUGGAUUGGAUUCGGUUGACAAGGACAAAGUGAAUCGUAUCAUCUACGAGGCUUCCAAGGGAUCAGCAUUCUUUGAAAACGAGCGAAAGAGGGACCAAAUGGUAACAGAGCGUAUCGAACGCAUGAUGGCAAAGUACGACAAGAUUCGGGACAUUGAUCUUUCCAUGGAAACGCGGAUUACCGACAGGAUGAUACGUGGACUUGAAAGUGAGCGUGAUCUUAGUCAGGUGAUUUGUCACGUGGAUAUGGAUGCCUUUUAUGCUUCAGUGGAGGAAUUGGAACAGCCACAGUUGAAAACAGUACCCAUGGCCGUUGGAGACACAGCUAUGCUUUGCACCAGCAAUUAUGAAGCACGUAAAUUUGGAGUGCGAAGUGCCAUGCCGGGCUAUAUUGCUCUCAAGCUAUGUCCACAUCUUAAGAUCAUUCCUCUCCACUUUGACAAGUACCGAGCAGCUUCCAACAAGGUCAGAGCCAUUUUUGCAAAGUAUGAUCCUGAUUUCGCUCCCAUGAGUCUUGAUGAAGCUUACUUGAAUUUGACAAACUACUUGAAAACAACGACCAUGAGCCCACCUGAAGUGGUUCAGCAAAUCCGUCAAGAAAUCUUUGAAGAAACACAGUUAACAGCGAGUGCUGGGAUUGGUGCCAACAAGAUGCUUUCCAAGAUUUGCAGUGACAUGAACAAGCCUAAUGGCCAAUAUCAUCUGCCAAAUGAUAUCAAUGCUAUUCAAGAUUUUAUCAAGGAUUUGUCUAUACGUAAGAUCCCUGGUAUUGGUCGUGUUACCGAACGCAUCUUAUCGGCUUUAGGCGUCCAUACAUGCAGCGAUGUUUAUGAACGUCGAGCUGUCUUGUAUCGUUUACUCAGCCCUGUCGCCUUCAAAUCUUUAUUACGGAGCCAUCUUGGCAUGGGAUCGACUACUGUACAAGUAAAAGCAUCACAAAAAAGCAUGGGCGUUGAAAGGACUUUUAGGCCGAUUUCAACGCGAAGCGCAUUGUUUCAAAAGGUGGAUGAGCUUGCUGAAUUGUUAUCACAGGAUCUGGAUCAAAAACGGAUAAAGGGCAAAACCGUUGGGAUCAAGCUCAAGCUAACCACAUUUGAAGUCCGUGUACGUGCCAAAACAUUACCUUACCAUAUACAUAAAGCUUGCGACAUUGCCCGUUAUGCCAAAGAGCUAUUAGAAAAGGAGAUGCCUCUAAGUUUACGGCUCAUGGGUGUCAAGCUAUCAUCUUUAGAAAGGAUCGGUAAUGAUGGAAGCGUGGAAAAGUUUUUCAGGCGAAUACCUGCAAAGCGGCUUCGCGAGGAGGAGGAGAAGAAGGAGGAAGCAGAGGAGGAUCACUUACCAUCUGACAAGACUGAACCCGAAGCAGCGACCCAUCAUCCCUCACCGACAGAACAACAAGAAAAUGUCGAAUGCCCAAUAUGCAAUCGAAGCUUACAAUUGGACAAUGCAGCUUUCAAUCAACACGUGGAUGAAUGUCUCAAUCGAGUGGAGGUGCGAUCAAUACUUGUUUCAGAGCGUGAUACACCAUCAUCGUCAUCAUCAUCAGCACCCAGCUCCAAAAAGCAUAGCAGUCUAUUUGAUUAUUAUUCUAGAGAACCACCAGCAUCCUCAUCAUAA